CGCCUGAGGAGGAGUAGAAGCCGCCAUUUUGUGCGUUUCCUCUCCCCACCCCCUUUCCCCGUUCUCCGCCGGUGAGGCUAGGCCGAGCUGCCCUCCGUACGAACGUCAACCUCGUAGCGCCUGUCGGUCUUAACUAGGCUGCAGCUGCCCCCUACCGGCGGCAGCGGCGAGGAGAGGUUAGGCGGCCGCGGCUCCGGCAUGGAGAACUCCCAGCUGUGUAAGCUGUUCAUUGGCGGCCUGAAUGUGCAAACGACGGAGGCUGGGCUGCGAGAAUACUUCGAGGCCUACGGGACCCUGACUGACUGUGUGGUGGUGCUGAACCCGCAGACCAAGCGCUCCCGAUGCUUCGGCUUCGUCACCUACUCAGCGGUGGAGGAGGCCGACGCCGCCAUGGCCGCCUCUCCACACGCUGUGGACGGCAACGCGGUGGAGCUGAAGCGGGCCGUGUCCCGCGAGGACUCUGCCCGACCCGGGGCUCACGCGAAAGUGAAGAAGCUCUUCGUCGGAGGCCUCAAGGGGGACUUGGGCGAGAACGACCUGGUGGAGCACUUCAGUCAGUUCGGCCCGGUGGAGAAGGCGGAGAUCAUUUCAAACAAGCAGAGCGGCAAGAAGCGGGGCUUCGGCUUCGUCUACUUCCAGAACCACGACGCCGCGGACAAGGCCGCCGUAGUCAAGUUCCACCCCAUUCAGGGCCACCGUGUGGAAGUCAAGAAGGCCGUGCCUAAGGAAGACAUCCAGGCAGGAGGUGGGGGCUCUUCCAGGUCGAGCUGGGGCGGACGGGGAAGAGGAAGAGGCGGCGGAGGAGGAGCUGGCAACCGGGACCACAACGGGCUCUCCAAAGGAGGCGGCGGCGGUGGCGGCGGCGGCUAUAAUAGUUACGGAGGCUACGGCGGAGGCGGCGGCGGUUACGGAUCGUACGGCGGAGGCUCCUACGGUGGAGGCGCCAGCGGCGGCGAUUAUGGCAAUGGGUACGGCGGCUUCGGCAGCUACAGCCAGCAUCAAUCCUCCUACGGCCCCAUGAAGAGCGGAGGCGCGGGUGGUGGAGGGGGCGGCAACUGGGGGGCCCGCAGUAACAGUGGACCAUACAGAGGCGGUUAUGGUGGGGGAGGCUAUGGAGGCGGCUCCUUCUAAGCGGGAAUACCCCUUGACCGUUCUGGGGAUGUCAGUUUUGUCUGCAUGGAGUAUGCCCUCCGUUUGUACCGGGCCAGGUUUUCAAUUGUUCCCCUACUCUUCGCCUAAGGGCACCUCCAUACAAAAGGCUCCCAUGAUGCGAAGCAGCUCUUGAAUAUCCCCGCUGGGGUCGCUCUGCUGCCUGUGUCACUUCUUUCUGAAGAUGGACUGGGCCUCUCACACAACGAUUUUUGUGUUAGUCAUUGAUGGACUCUAUUUUUUUAUUGCUUGGACAUUAGUCGUUUUUAUACUAGGAACAAGAUAUUGUUUUAAUUUUGGUUUAUUUGGGGUUGGGAGGGAAAGUCGUGCUUAUUCUGGAGUAAAACUUGGGAGGGAAAGGGGAAUUAACUUUGUAAGAACUUGGAUACCUACACAUUUUUUUCUACAAAUUUCUCUGGUUCCAUGGCUGUAAAAGAGGGGGAAAUCGUUUUUACAUUUUUUAUUUUUUAAAUAAAUCAUUGUGUUCAUUGA